GUCAACAACUUAAAGUACAGCGACGUCGUGAGUGGUGGGAUGUCCGAGCUCACGGGGGAGCACGUGAAGGCGCCGUGAGCCUGCCCUCAGCCGAGCAGCAGUCAGCUGCGUGUUUACUCGCUUUGUCAGCGGUGUCGGACCCCUCGUGUUCCUCACCUGCCGCCGCUCGGAACCUUGGACUCUCGGCUCCGGUGACGGACUUCACUAUCACACCGUCCUUAUCAGCUCCUUCUCUGUCCCGCAGCGGCUCUCUUUAUUAUUUUUAUUUUUUUAUUUCAUUCUGGGGCUGGCCCAGCCUCUCGCGGACCUUGAGCGAGGGCACCUCGGGUUCAUAGGUCUCUUCGUUUUUUUGCUCUUUCUAUUUUUUCCUUCUCUCUCUCCGUCUCUCGCCAACAGGGAACGAUGACGUUGAAAUCCAAUAAAAACGAACCGGCCGUCCCACUGGAGCCCGUCGGCAGCGUGCGGACCGCGCUCUCCGACCUGUACCUGGAGCAGCUCCUUCAAAACAAACCAAAGUCGGACAAGGUCGCUAUGCAAACCUAUGAGAAUAGGGGGGCUGAGGUUUACACCAAUGGUAGUGCAAGACACAUGAAUGGAACAGAGCUGACCAGGAUGAAAGAAGUAGAAUUUGAAAAGAAUCCUUCAGAGCCAAUGGGGGUCACUCUGAAGCUGAACGACAAACAGAGGUGCACCGUGGCCAGAAUACUACACGGCGGUAUGAUCCAUAGACAAGGGUCCUUACACGAAGGCGAUGAAAUUGCCGAAAUCAAUGGGAAGAGCGUAACCAACCAAACUGUGGACCAGCUACAAAAGAUUCUGAAAGAAACCAACGGAGUGGUCACCAUGAAGAUCGUUCCCAACCUGCAGGGUCGAUCCCGAGCCUGUGAGAUGUACAUGAGGGCUCAGUUUGACUACGACCCCACCAAGGACGACCUCAUCCCGUGCAAAGAGGCAGGUCUGAAGUUUCAAACCGGUGACAUCAUUCAGAUCAUCAACAAGCAGGACCCGAACUGGUGGCAGGGCAGAGUGGAGAGCAGCGCUGCUGACUUCGCCGGGCUGAUACCCUCCCCGGAGCUGCAAGAAUGGAGGGUGGCGAGUAAAAGCAAGGCCAGAGAGGGCAGCCAGUCCUGCAGCCCGUUUGGGAAGAAAACAAAGUGCAAAGGCAAAUACCUGGCCAAACACAGCUCGAUCUUCGACCAGCUGGAUGUGAUUUCUUAUGAAGAGGUUGUUCAGCUCCCGGCUUUUAAAAGGAAAACGCUCGUGCUCAUUGGUGCACCUGGUGUAGGAAGGAGGCACAUCAAAAAUGCACUGUUGACCAAAUAUCCAGAGAAAUUCUCCUACCCUGCACCACACACCACCAGAACCCAACGUAAGGAUGAGGAGAAUGGACAGGAAUAUUACUUCAUCUCCAACGAAGCCAUGACCAAGUCCAUCUCUGGGAAUGAGCUGCUGGAGUACGGAAGCUUUCAGGGAAAUAUGUUUGGCACCAAAAUCGAGACCAUCCAGAAGAUCCACGAGCAGGGGAGAAUCGCUUUGGUGGAUGUGGAACCACAGACCCUGAAAGGCUUGCGGACGGCUGAUUUUGCACCUCUUGUUGUCUUCAUCGCUCCGACCAUCACAGCUCCUCAGAUGGAAAACCUGCAGAUGAUCCAGAAAGAGUCGGAUGCCAUCCGGACCACAUAUGGACACUUCUUCGACGUGGUUCUUGUCAACAACGACGUGGAUGAGAGCGUCAAAGGUGUGGAGGAGGCCAUGGAGCGCGCCACCUCCACCCCGCAGUGGGUGCCUGUGUCAUGGGUGUACUGACAGCAGUCUGGCGCCAGAUAUAAUACCUUUUGUUUGAUUCAAAUGCAGUGCAAUAUCACUCCCACUUACACGAAACCUCUCAGUUAGUGAUCUCCCAGGCGUGUGUGGGUUUUAAUCUUUGGUUCAUGUUAAUUGUCACUCAGAUUUUUUGCACAAGUGCAUCUAUUAAAAAAAAAAAGAAGAAGCAAUAUAUAGAAAGGUUUGUUUUAGGAAGUCGAGAACCUCACCAGGGAUAUUUUAUUUGGUUGUUUAUGCGUUUGUGCUUCAGGCUUUUUGGGAUAGUUUUUGGUGCCGCACACCUUUUGUGAUCGUCGGAACGUGAGCAAAUGCAAACUAGGACCACAACUGUGACUUUUAGAUAACAGGAUUUGUCAUGUACAACAUUGAUUCUGGAUUCAUUGUCUUUUUAAUCAUUGUUCUCAUUAGGUUGUACCAUGAAAGUGAUAUUCUGAAACUGUUUGUCCAUACAGUCUGUGUAACUCCAUACGGCGACAAUGUCCUCCACACAAAACCUUUCAGUCGGGUCGGUGACCGCCUCACUUGUCUCAUCUCAUCAAAAUUGUAUACCUCAUGGGAUACUGUAAAGGCACUUUUAAACAGAAAAUAAAUUUCCCUGCUCUGUUA